AUGGUAAAUAAACUUUACAUUAAUUGUACAAAAUGGGAAGGUGAGCACGAACGUGCGCUCGCGCCGAAGCCUAUGUCAUUGUUCCAAAUCACACGAGCGACGAGCAAGUUGGCAACAGUGUGCGACCCAUGGGACGAGCUGCGGGGCGAGCGAGGGAGGUACGCGAGGCGGACGGGGCGAGGCACGCCGCACCCGCAGCCCGCGCGAUUCACUGCUCGGCGCUGUUGUCGUAGCGCACGAGUGACACGACAAGUCCCAACACAGUAA